CGAGAAGUGUAUCGAUUUUUGAUAAAUAACGAAUAGUAUUUAAAGUUUGUGUCAGAAAAAUAAAUAAAAUGUGUAAUGUAAUUGGUAAAUAAAAAUAAAUGCAAGAUAAACUAAAAUAAGUGUAAAUGUAAAUAAGUGAUCUGGUGGUUUGUGUUUGUGUUUCAAAGCAAAAUUAAAACUAAAAACUUUCUGAGACAAAAAAAUAUUUUUAAGACAAAAAGUAUUUCAGUUAGGAUGUUGCUUCAUUCGCUUGUAAUUUGAGUUUUGAAAAAUCCCUUUCAAAGUUAGGAAAAAUUAAACAAUUUUUUUUAACAAAGAUAAAUUAUUUAAAAAAAAUGGAUAGGAAAUCUUUAAGGGCUUCUAUUUUGAAGAGAAAGAGUCUAAAUCAGACUAUGUUAAAUGAAUCAAUUGGUGAUAUCACUACUGCUACUACUAACAAAGAUCCAAAAAGGGUUAGUUUUCACAGUAGCAAUUUUGUAAAACCAUUUGCAGUAGAUCAAGAAAAAUGCACAAUUUGGGAUAACACAUAUGAAGAAGCUGCAAACAGCAUUGAUUCAACUAAAUCAAAUGAAAAUACAGGAACAUCUUCUAUUCAUAUAAGCCAAUCUAAAACUUUGCAAGAUGUGAAUGUUAUAACUGAGAUAAAAGAGAAUGAGAAAGAAAAUUAUGCACCAAUUGUACAUAUGUCUUCAAAUACAAGCAAAAUUGACAUGGAUAUGAGUUUAUGUACAAGAGAAACUACUACAAUUGGCUUAGAUGUACCAGAAACUAAUAAUCAUGACAGCACUAUUGUUGAUUUUACUUGUAGAUAUGAAAAUAGACCAAUACAAGAAACAAAUAUUCCAGAGAUGAUAGAAAAUAUUGUACAUGAGGAAAUAAGAUACAAUUCAUCAAAUAUUUCAACUUCAAUUAAAGCCAAUUUAGAAACUGCAGAUAUGGAGUUGACUAAUGUUUUGUCUCCUGAAAUUUUAUCAUCGCACGGAAUUAUUGAACGAAAUCAAGUUUUAAAAGCAAGCAGUCAGGUAAACAAUAAAGAAAAUGAGUUUUACCCAGUGGUAGAAAAUAUUCAAACUCUAGAUAUUACCUGUGCUCCAUCUAAAAAUCAAAAUACUACUUUAGCUAUGGAUAUAACAUGUGCUACAAAUAAUAAACAUAAUGAUAUGUCAGCUAUGGAUUUUACAUGUGCUCAAUCUAUUAAACAAAAAACUAAUUUAACUACUAUGGAUUUUACAUGUGCUUCAGUUAAUCAACCAAAUAUUUCUUUAGUUGUGGAUAGUACAUGUGCUUCAGCUAAUAAACACGAUAUUACUUCAGACAUGGAUUUUACAUGUGCUCCAGCUAAUAUAGAAAAUAAUCUUACUUCAGUUAUGGAUUUAACAUGUUUUACUUCAGAACAUAUGAUCAUAGAUAAAAACAAAACAAAAAUGGGCAUUUCUAAAGAUUCAAAAUUGGAUAUUCAUGUAAUUUCUACCUAUGAGCACCAGCCUAAUAAAAAGGACGUAACAGAAGCUGCUUCCAAUUUAAAAAAUGAUUCUCUCGAAGAUAAUAAGAUGAUAGGUUGUAAUGAUGAGUUUAAUCUCAAAUUAACAAAUGAACAAAUUAAAUAUUCGAAAAUUGAGGCUAGUUCAAAGUCUGGCAACAUAAAUCAACCAUUUGUUGAAUCGACUAAUUUGGGCAUUUCUAAAGAUUCCAAAUUGGAUAUUGAUGUAAUUUCUGAGCAUCCUCAAGAGAAACAGUACAGUACUAGGUCAAAGAGCAAAUCACAAAAAAUUACUGCAAACACACAAACUGAACGAAAAGUUACUAAAAAUGUCAAAAAAGAUGUGGAAGUUCCAGAUUUUUCAAAAAAUGAGCAUAUCCAUGAAAUUGAGAAGAAACAGUAUACCACUAGAUCAAAAACUAAGAUAUCAGAAACAAUUUCAGUUGAUUCUGAAGGAAAAUCUAUAAAAGUAACUAAAUUAGAAACGAGUUAUGAUAUUAGUAAAUUAAAUGCAGACAAUAAAGAACUUACUUUCGCGAAAACUCCUAAUAAAUUAGAACAAACUUAUAUGAAUAAAAAAGGGUUGAAUUUGACUGAUAAUAAGGAGAAUGCAAGCAAUUUGUGUCUACAAUCACAUACUGAAGAAAUGUUUACACCAAAAGCUCUAAAUCCUCUUCAAAUGGAAAAUACACCCGGUACAUCAUUUGCACUCAUAGUAAAUAACAUUCGGCCAAGUCAACUUGAAACACCUAUUUACACAACAAACGCCAGAAAAGGACGGUGUCCCGAUUUACAGAAGGCAACAGAAGUUUGUUUUACCGAUAACCUGCACAAAGAAGUUACACAAACAAAUUUAAUCUAUGAUCACUGCACUGAUAACGGUAUAGACGAUAUUCUUAAAUCGAAUGUGGAAUGUACUCUAUUUGACACUACACCUUUGUUAGAUACUUCAGAUCCGCUCGAACAAUUAUCUGAAAAAGAUGCAAUGAAAAAUAAUUUUGGUUUAUUACAAGAUUCUGUUAAUAAAUACGAAAUUAAAUCCGAAAAAGAUGGAACAGAUCAAAAAUCGUUUGAUAAUUCUAAAUUAGAAUAUACAACGGUUCCCAAUAGCACAGACCUAGUACUUGACAAAAUCAGAGAAAUAGUAAAUGGUCCCCAAACUGUGUUUGAUAGUACGCAAAAAUCUGGAGAUGUACUAAACAGACCAGAAAAGACGUAUGAAAGAGCUCUACAUUUAAAGGAAAACAAAAUGCCCGAAACAGUACUAAUCGAUUUAAAAGAGCUAGAAAAAUUGGAAAAGGAGUAUGGCGAGUCUAGUAGUAGAAUAAGUGAUGGUUUACUGUGUUCUUCUACUGUUGACAGUAAUGCUGCAGAUUAUGUCGACUUUCAGAGUUUAGAUGAGAGACUACAGGAACAAGCGAAAAGAUCUAUAAAAUACUGGCAAUUUGUCAAAUGUGAGGACAAUAACUGUUACUGUUUCUACACAGUUUACAAAGCUGUUCCAUUUAAAGUAAAUAUUGAUCCAAAUUCUGGAACUGUUCACGAAAUUGAAACAUUCAUUAAUUUAAUUGACAAUGCCUUACCACUAUAUUUUUAUAAAGCCCGGUUUAUGCAAGAAAAAUUAAAAAAAGUAAAUUUAUUUCUCUCUCUGGGUAAUAAAUUUGAUAUUUUCUCGUUAUUGGAUUAUGUAAUUAUGUGUAUGGAAGAAAUAGAGGCAUUCGAUAAGGAGUAUGAUGAAUUAGAAAACGAUUUCGGACAAGAACACAAGUUAACGAUGAAUCCUGAUUUUAGUAUUACAAUUGAAAUUCUAAGUGAAGAGUUCAUACUUUGGUGGGUAAUCACUGUAGAUUUGUCAGUAAUCCAUUUGGGGUCCAUAACAUCUGCUAAAGCUCACCAUAAUGAAUCUACAGAAGAACCUGUUAACGAAGAGGAUAUUAGAAAAAUAGCUCAGGAAAAUGCAGGUCCCCUUUUUAUAAGGAACUUCAUCAACGCCAUCAACCAUUAUGUAAAACGAGUAGGAAGAAAAAGAUUAGCAGAAAGAAAGGACCAUUUAAGAAAGAAGUACAAUUUUCUUCCAUUUUAGUGUGUUAGUUUUAUAUAUUUUUAUGUAUUAUAUGUAUUAUAUAUUUUUUAUUAAUAACUGUAUAAAAGUUUUAAUACCCAAUGGAAAAAUGUGUGUUUUUAUUUGUAAUUUAAUAUUUUAUAUUGUACUAUUAAAUCAAAUAUCUAU